UUCUUCUUUUCACGAUCCCAGUAAAGUAUAUACAACAAAUCAACAUUUUCAAGAGGAAUCAGUUAAAAUGAGCAGUAGUAGUGGAAAUGGCCCAGCUUCCUCUGUUGCUACAGUUCCUCUGAGUCUGCUCUCUCCAUACAAAGUGGGGGAAUUUGAUCUCUCUCACAGAAUCGUUUUAGCACCAUUAACACGAAACCGCUCCUACAACUACGUUCCACAGCCUCACGGGGCAGUCUAUUACUCUCAGCGAGCAACCAAAGGUGGUCUUCUCAUUGCUGAAGCAACUGGUGUAUCCGACACUGCAAUGGGGUUCCCGGAUACUCCUGGAAUUUGGACAAAGGAGCACGUGGAGGCAUGGAAACCAAUUGUAGAUGCAGUUCACCAAAAGGGUGGCAUAUUUUUCUUGCAGAUAGUGCAUGUCGGACGUGUCUCUACUUAUGAUUUCCAGCCCAAUGGCCAAGCUCCCAUCUCAUCAACAGACAAGGGAGUUACCCCCGGCCUUGAGGGAUUAGAAUUGUCACCUCCUAGACGACUGAGGAAGGAUGAAGUACCUGGUAUUGUCAAUGACUUCAGGCUGGCUGCUCGAAAUGCUAUUGAAGCAGGUUUUGAUGGAGUUGAGAUACACGGAGCAAAUGGUUUCCUAAUUGAACAGUUUCUAAAAGAUCAAGUAAAUGAUAGGACAGAUGAAUAUGGUGGGAGCUUGGAAAACCGUUGUCGCUUUGCUCUCGAAAUAGUAGAAGCAGUGGCCAACGAGAUCGGAUCUCAUAGAGUCGGGAUAAGACUAUCUCCAUACUCUGAUUUUAUGGAGGCGAUUGACUCGGAUCCUGAUGCUCUAGGCCUUUACAUGGCUAAUGCACUUAAUAAGUUCAAUAUUCUCUACCUCCACAUGAUCGAACCAAGAGUUGUUGGGUCUAGGGUGUUUCAAGGGCCUGAGGAUGAAAUUCCUCACAGACUCCUUCCAAUGAGAAAAGCUUUCGAAAACACUUUCAUUGCUGCUGGUGGCUACAACAGAAGCAAGGGAAAUAGAGCCAUUGGUGAUGAUUAUGCAGAUUUGAUUGCAUUCGGGCGCCUGUUCUUGGCUAAUCCAGACUUACCAAGACGGUACGAGCUGGACGCUCCUCUCAACAAGUACAAUAGAAGCACAUUCUACAUUUCAGAUCCUGUUGUUGGUUACACUGAUUAUCCAUUUCUUGAAGAAGCUUAGGGGUGCGACCAGCCGUUAUCGAUGCCUUUAGUGUAUAGUAUCACAGGAAGGUCUACAUAUAAAUGCUUUGUAAUAUGUCACUUACUGCCAUUUUGAUGUUCAUGCCAUCUUUUUUGCCAAUCUAGCUAAGCUAUUAA